AUGGAAGCCGUGACGCGUUUUGUCUGCCCAAGUCUUGAAAGAAUUCACGCAUGGCUUACUGGAUUAAGAGUGGAUUAGACUGAUUUUGGUGAACGGGAUUUUUCCGAAGACAAUAAUAUCGACUUUUUAUUUUGUUGUUAUGGUCUCAAAACCUGUUUGAUUAUCUUGCUGAAAGCAAAUAUUGUGUUGAGCUUUUCCAAGAUAACGGUUUUUAUCCUUUGCAUGGGGAUAACAGCUAAUUUGGCAGUUCUAUCGUGCCUUGCCCUAGCGACAAAUGGCUUCCCUGCGCAAGACAAAGAUAAAUACGUUAUAUCCGGAGUUUUCAUUCCGGCUGAUGCCUUCAAUAACCUCAACAAUGACGGAGACAAGAACAACAACAAUCAAUUAAAUAACGACGCCCCUAUCCAAAUACAACAAAAUUCUGAUCAAGGGGUGCCAACAAACUCUGUCCUUAAAAUAAACCCCACGAAUCAACAACCGAACCAACAGCCAAUCAUUGUUCGCCAAAGUCAACCUUUGCAAACGGUUGUGGCACAACCAAAUCAACCUCAGCAAACGAUUGUUGUACCACAAAAUCAGCCUCAAUCAAACCAACAAGGGGUGUAUGUAGUCCAGCCAAAUCAACCUAAUCAACAAGCUGUACUCUACAACCCAUCAAACCAACAACAAGUGCUUGUUGCAAAGCCAUCGAACCAACAACAAGUACUUGUUGCAAAGCCAUCAAACCAACAAGUGUUGGUCAGCCAACCUGGCCAACAAGCCUUUUUAGUGACACCUGGGGGCCAGCAGACGGUUAUCACGAGCCAACCUAAUCAAGUGCAGGUGUCACCUACUGGCCAGCAACACGGACAAGCUAUCCUAGUACCGAAACCAGGUGAAAAUAAUGUGUACACAUUCAUUCCCCUGAAUAACCAAAACAACAAUCAAAAUCAGGCUGUGAGCAACGGUAACACGAUUUGGGUGCCCGUUCAGUAGUGCACUGUGAUUUUGAGCGUAACACUAAUACCUUGACGACUUGUCGGACCCUACUUAUAGGAAAUUUUAAA